UCAAUCGGGGCAGGUCCAGAUGAGUCCUGUGUCCUCAUACAUCAGCUGUCGGGACUUUUACUUCACCGGCUUUCCUUGAAAACUCACACAGGUACCCGUGAACAUUCAUACUUCACCCGCACCUGGCGUCUUAUCUGAAGCUCAGCCUACAGGGCGUGGAAAAGCCGGGAAUUGUUUUCGACGCUGGAUUCCCAACAUCGCCCAUACUUCUUCGGAUUUCCCUAACAAAGUGUCCUGCUUCCCCGGCUUUUCUCAAGGAAUACUCUAUUUUACUUCUAGCUCCGGUGAUCCACUUGGAAGACGAAUAAUGUAAAGCUUUGAUCGCGAUCGCUCUCUGGCAGUUUCCGAACAGAAAUCCUGAUCUGCCAUCGCGAGUUGUUUCUCAGAAAGUGUUUCUGCAGCAGCACUCAAGAGGAUCAGAGGAAAUAAAAGAGGCGGAGGAGGGCAGAGAGAGGGGGAAAGUCAAAGUAAAGAUGGCGUGGAGGGCCCUGGCAGCGUUGUCCCUGCUGCUGUGUUUUGGCUCAUCUUGCUGUGAUGAUACUCAAGAUUAUUUCUUGUCUGAUACCGUCAUCAACAAUGUCGUUCAGGACCCUCAAACCGGCCGAAUUUAUGUGGGUGCCAUUAAUAACAUCUAUCAGCUAAACUAUGACUUGCUGAAGGAAAGCAGUGCUGCAACAGGCCCUAAGACGGACAACCCACACUGCACUCCACCAAUCACUGCACAGUGCACUGAUGCAAAGGAUAUGGACAACAUCAACAAACUCCUGCUGGUAAACUCCGCCAACGGCACCUUGAUUGUUUGCGGAAGCCUUUUCAGGGGCAUCUGCUCUUUGGUAAACCUCAACAGCGUGGACGAACAGGUGUACUACAGUGACACUAAAGGUGAGAAGACGUACGUAGCCAGCACGGAGGAGUCUGUUGCCGUUGUGGGAGUAAUUUCUUAUUUUAUAGAAGCUCAUAAUAAUGCAAACCUCAGCAUAUUUCUAGUGGGGAAGGGCUAUGGUAGCUCGGACAGUUCGAAACUCAUCAGCACCCGAUUGCUGCAGGAGCAUGGAGAAAUGGAUGUCUUUGAGAACAUGGUUGAAGCUUCCACUGUGCAAGCUAGUCCUUUCGUCCAGCGUUACCUCCACGACUUUCGCCAUGCUUUCAAAGACAAUGGCUACAUCUACUUCUUGUUUUCGCGCACUCCGGGCACUAGUGACAGCAGGAAGAUCACAUUUAUAGCACGCCUGUGCGAGAAUGACCAUCAUUAUUAUUCUUACACCGAACUUCAGCUCAACUGCUCUGUCAGCACUGAACAACAGGAGAACACGUACAACAAGGUCCAAGCGGUGUAUCUGGCCAAACCAGGAGAAGUUUUGGCUAGGAAAAUCAUCCCUUCGAAUCCCAAUGAUAAGGUUCUGUUUGCGGUGUUCAGCGUGGAUGAGGACGGUGGCCAUUCUGCCUUGUGCAUGUACCCGCUCAGCAGCAUUAACACCAGGCUUGAGGAGGUGAUUGAGUCCUGCUACGUAGGAGAAGUUCUGGAGGACGAGAAACCAAAAACUGUUGACCUGCCUCAUAUCGUGCCUCUGGCGUCCAGUCCUUAA